UAUACCAAUUUUGCAAUGCAAAAAGAUAACCCAAGUUAUGGAUUGCAAUUUUUGCACAAAAGACAUUUUAAACCCAACUGCUGAUUGACAAGAAACUCUCUUUUUCUCUCUCUCUCAGUGUCCAACUUUUCUUUCUUUCUCCACUACUUCUUGAUUCCUUUAGGCCUUAUCUCACCCCACCCCCCCAAAAAUUCCUAAGGUUUGGAAAUAAGGGUUAGACCCAAAAAUUCAAGAAAGUUGCAGAUACAGAAUCAGAUCUUAUCAUUAGUUUUUCUUGCAUAGUUUUGUGAAUUAUGGCGACCAUACAGCAUAGAAAUACUAGAGAAAAAUUUGUGGAUAAGCAUGAAGAUGGCAAGUUAAAACAAGAAGGAAAAGAAGACCUAUCGGCAGCAAAUCAACAGGUACCCACUACAUCCCCUGCCUCACCACCUUCAGCAUCUUCCUCUCCUUCUCAUGAAUUCUCCUUCACAAUCUCUCUCCAUUCUUCCUCAACAACAGUCCCUGAUAAGGCCAAAACUCCUCCUCCUUCAUUUGCUAUUGAUUUGUCUCCGGCAGAUGACAUUUUCUUCCAUGGCCACUUGCUUCCCCUCCAUCUCCUCUCUCACCUUCCUGCCUCUCCUCGCUCAUCCACCAAUUCUUUGGACAGCUUUACCCUCCCCAUCAGAGAAUUAUUAUCUGAUAAAAAAUCCAACAAGAGUAACAACAACAACAGCAGCAAGCCCGGAAAUAGCAGCAACAACAAGAACAACAUUAACAGCAGCAGCAAUAAAACAAAUCAACAUCAAAGCAGCAAUGGCGAGACAAAAGCUAGAAGCAAGCCUAAGCCUUUCUCUUUAUUCGGAUGGCGAAAAGGGUGUGAAGUUAGAGAAACAGAAGACAAGGAGAAGCAAAAGAAAAGGCUGAGAUUCGAAGUAAGUCAUAUACUAAAGAGGUACGUGAGAAUGGUUAGGCCAUUAUUGUCCUUCAAAGGAAAGAAGGAGAAUCUCCAUAUACACAAGAAUCCCUAUUCGUUUCCAGGCAAUUUAAACUUGAGAAAUAAGCAGGAGUUGCGAGGAAGGAGAGGAGAAUUCUCAGCACCUGCUUCCAUGAGAACCUCUCCAACAAACAGUGGCCUUCUUGUGGCAACUGCAACCCUUCCUUCUCCAACUAGUGAUAGUACCAUGGAGGAAUUGCAGGCUGCAAUUCAAGCAGCAAUUGCUCACUGCAAGAACUCCAUUGCCACCGAAGAGAAGAUCAAAUGCUAAGCAAUUUUACAUUUGAUUUUCCAAUUUUUCUUACUCAAUUUCGUUUCCUGUUUGUUGUAAACCUAUGUAUAAAGUGGUAUAUAAAAGUAUGAAAUGAACUCGAAAUUUCUAAUAA